GUUGUGUGGUUGGCAGCAUCGGCGUUCAAACAACUGCGGGGACUGCAAAGAAAGACUUAUUAUGUGACAACACGGGAAAACAACCAAUAACGAUAAUACUCACCUUCACUUUUUGAGAACAUCGGUUUCUUUUGGGCAAGCAAAGGUAUCUUGCAGAUGAACAUCUUUGUCAACGCAAAGACUGUGAGAACGUAGCUCAGGACCAUCUAUUGAAUCAGCAGCGGUUCCCGUGUACAUCAUUGUAGCCUACAGGGUUUCACAGCUGAUUUUGCAAGCAGUUGUAGGUAGCAUUGCUCAGCGUCUGGAUUCAACGUGCUGGUCCUGAAUUCAUUCCUCACAUCAUGACUGUCUUCUCCCAGUUCAAGGAUGACGUGAAGACCUCGCCCGGAGUGUGAACGCCUGGUCGAGUGAUAUUCCCUGCUCAUUCCUCCCCGAUCGCUCCUCCCCCUCCUCCCUCCUCCCUCCUCCUCUGGCGUCUGGUCCCCCCGGGAGCCCCGCGGGGAUGAGGUUACGCUCGGAAGAAACGCCGACUUCCCGCGGCCGCCGGCAGACCGCGUCGCCGUGGUUGCUGACCUGCUUCCUGCUGACCCUGAGCUCCUUCCUCCCGCCGACGGCCGCCUCGCCGCCGCUCAACAGCUUCCUGUCGGAGCGGAGGGACUGGUCGCUGAACCACCUGACCGUGCACCACAGCACGGGGGCUCUGUACGUGGGCGCCGUCAACCGCAUCUACAAACUCUCCGCCAACCUCACCCUCCUGGUGUCCCACGACACGGGCCCCGAGUACGACAACAAGGCCUGCUACCCCCCUCUCAUCGUCCAACCCUGCUCCGAGCCCCUGGCCUCCACGGACAACAUCAACAAGCUGCUGCUCAUCGACUACUCCCAGAACCGGCUGCUGGCCUGCGGGAGUCUGUACCAGGGCGUGUGCAAGCUGCUGAGGCUCGACGACCUGUUCAUCCUGGUGGAGCCCACGCACAAGAAGGAGCACUACCUCUCCAGCGACACCCAGACGGGCACCAUGUACGGGGUGAUCGUGCCCUCCUCCCAGGGCCAGGACGGCACCCUGUUCAUCGGGACGGCCGUGGGGGGCAAGCAGGACUACUUCCCCACCAUCUCCAGCCGCAAGCUCCCUCGUGACCCCGAGUCGUCGGCCAUGCUGGACUACGAGCUGCACACGGACUUUGUGUCGUCGCUCGUCAAGAUCCCGUCCGACACGCUGGCGCUCGUGCCGCGCUUCGACAUCUACUACGUCUACGGCUUCUCCAGCGGGGCUUUCGUCUACUUCCUCACCGUGCAGCCCGAGACGCCGGGCGACGGCGCCGCCGCCGGGUCGGCGUCCCCGGGCGACCUGUUCUUCACCUCGCGCAUCGUGCGCCUCUGCAAGGGCGACCGGAAGUUCCACUCGUACGUGUCGCUUCCUGUGGGCUGCGUGCACCGGGGGGAGGAGUACCGCCUGCUGCAGGCUGCUCACCUCUCCAAGGCCGGACGCGUCCUCGCCCGGUCCCUCAACGUCAGCGCCCACGACGACGUCCUGUUUGCCGUCUUCUCCAAGGGGCAGAAACAGUACCACGACCCGCCGGACGACUCCGCCCUCUGUGUGUUCACCAUCCGUGACAUCAACGCACGCAUCAAGGAGCGCCUGCAGUCCUGUUACCAUGGCGAGGGUAACCUGGAGCUGCACUGGCUGCUGGGUAAAGACGUGCAGUGCACCAAGGCGCCUGUCCCCAUCGAUGACCACUUCUGUGGGCUGGACAUCAACCAGCCGCUGGGCGGCUCCCAGCUGGUGUCCGGCCUGACCGUGUUCACGGAGACCAGGGACAGACUGACCUCGGUCUCCUCUUACACCUACAAUGGAUACAGCGUGGCCUUCCUGGGCACUCGCAGUGGCCAACUGAAGAAGGUCAGUGUGGAUGUGAGGGUGGACGGCCCAGGGGGUCUGCAGUAUGAGACGGUGAGCGUCAUGGCGGACGGCCGCCCCGUGCUGCGCGACAUGGCUUUCUCGCUCGACCGCGCCUCGCUCUACGUCAUGUCCGACCGCCAGGUGUGUUACAUCUGUGUUACAUCUGUGUUCCAGGUGUGUUACAUCUGUGUUACAUCUGUGUUCCAGGUGUGUUACAGCUUUGUUGUUGAUGUCCUGCAGGUGGUGCAGGUGCCGGUGGAAGCGUGUGAGCAGUACGGGUCGUGUGGAGAGUGCCUCAGCUCUGGAGACCCCCACUACAUGGCGUUCCGCUCGACCCCCACCAGCCCGGACAGCCCCCAUUCCCGCGUGCCCAUGCUGACCCCUGACCUGGAGAGCGGGGUGAAGGUGUGGCACCUUGUGAAGAACCACGACCACGGAGACCAGAGGGAGGGCGAGAGAGGCAGCAAGAUGGUCUCGGAGAUCUACCUCACCAGACUGCUGGCCACAAAGGGCACGCUGCAGAAGUUUGUGGACGACCUGUUCGAGACGCUGUUCAGCACCGUGUGCCGAGGCACCGCCCUGCCGCUCGCCAUCAAGUACAUGUUCGACUUCCUGGACGAGCAGGCGGACAAACACGGCAUCCACGACACCGACGUCCGACACACGUGGAAGAGCAACUGCCUCCCCCUGAGGUUCUGGGUGAACGUGAUCAAGAACCCCCAGUUUGUGUUCGACAUCCACAAGAGCAGCAUCACGGACGCCUGCCUGUCGGUGGUGGCCCAGACCUUCAUGGACUCCUGCUCCACCUCGGAGCACCGCCUAGGGAAGGACUCCCCCUCCACCAAGCUGCUCUACGCCAAGGACAUCCCCAACUACAAGAGCUGGGUGGAGAGGUACUAUGCUGACAUCCAGCGUCUGCCAGCCAUCAGUGACCAGGACAUGAGUGCCUACUUGGCUGAGCAGGCCCGCCUCCACUCGAACGAGUUCAACGUGCUCAGCGCCCUCCACGAGAUCUACGCCUACGUCAGCAAGUACAGCCAAGAGAUCACUGAGGCUCUGAAGCAGGAUGAACAGGCCCAGAAACAGAGACUGGCCUGCAAGAUGGAGCAGAUCAUCUCAGCCAUGCCCGUGGACAGCUGAGACACACACACACACACAGAGAUUCAGACUCUGUAGACUGCUGCCAUCUAUCAGAACCAACAGACACAGUCCCACUUCUGAAAGUUUUUUUUAUUUUUAUUUUAUAAGAAUCGUUUCAAGGACACGACUUGACAACUCCUAUAGGACAACGAGUAGCAUAGCCCCUCCCAACCCGGGGGAGCUAAGCUCCUCCCAUGGGCGAGAGGCGUGUCUAGUAACUGGCAUCAUCGUGUUAAUUGUGUGCCAUUGGCUAGAGCUCUGGAAGGAUCCGGACCUGCAACAGAGGAAGUGGACCUAUUGAACAGAACAUAAACUACAGAGAGAAGUGAAGAAACAACCUGUGGAACU